AUGGGAUUCAUAAUUAACGAUGCCAAAAAAAAUGACGUGAUUAAAACAAGUCCCGCAGAAGUAAAUGGUGAGGAGGCCACAAGUAACACUUAUUUGAGUGAAUCGAACAACGGGAAAAAAAAUGGCGAGGAAUGCCCAGGUGGAAAUGGAUCUGUUCCAUUGAGUGAUGGUGACACCCCAGGGGGGGAGGAACCCCCUGUGGGGAGCGAAGACUACGUCGUGGCUAACCACGGGAAUGAGAAAGAACAACCAUGUGAUGGUACUCAGACUGAUAAUUUCGCAACGGAAGAGACCACUAUUAAUUGUGCUGCCAACCCCGGAGAGCAUGCCCACUGGAGUGGCAACAAGGGCAGCGAGCGGGAGGCGUUUGCGGACGAGACCGAGCAACUCCCAUGUGACAACGGAAGUGACAUGAACCCGGAGGCGGAGCAAAACAACAUAGAGCCAAAUGGUGAAGGAGGAAUGCACAGUUUGGGAAGUGGGAGCGGCGACCACGAAGGCAGCCGCAGUGGUGUGUUCUACUUACAUGGGCCGAGCGAACAAGGACAUGUCGCACCAAGCGAACAAGGACAUGUCGCACCGAGUGAACAAGGACAUGUCGCACCGACUGAAGACCCCAAUGUGUUAAACAGUACCAUCGAGCAGCAGGAGAGUAGCUUCUCAUUUAAGUCAAUUUUGAUCAAUCCAAACGAAGGUGCCGUUUCAACACAGGAUGGGAGAGGAAGCGAAAGCAUCCGCAUGACUAAUGUGCAAACAUCCAUUUGCAGCGCAGAUAUGAAUACAUUAUGUGGAGGGGAACAAGGAGUGACUGUAAUGACCCUCCCCCUGGAGAGUAAUCCGCUAGAGCCUAAUGGACUAAGUGGAGUGGCGCCCCAGGGGGUGGGCAAAGUGGGUUGCGCAAAUGGGGAAGUACCCAGCCAGGGGGAAGUACCUGAAGGUGUAACGGGACAUAUCGCUGGAGGGGAAACUGGCCACCUCGCUGGAGGGGAAACUGGCCACCCCGCUGGAGAACCCCCGCGGAGGAGAAAGCACCCCCGCUCGUCUGAGCAGAAGCCGCCAAGUAAUGUCAAUUCGGAUGAUGGUGAUGAAUCGAACCAUAUCAUAAAAAAGAAAAUAAAAAGAAAAGUGGAUGAAAAUGAUCAGAUUUUUUAUGCCAUUAAUGAAUUCAUGAAGGAGGGACUCAAAAAUGAAUGCAUCCCUUUGUUUGAGCGUCUACAGCAAAAUUUGUUUUUUUUAGUGAUGCUUGCGAAUAUACCGAAUGAGAAUUUUGACGAGCUGGAAAGCAGUUCGUCGGAUUACUAG